UAACUGACCCAGCCAGCGAGCGACCACCCUUCGCCGGACACCAUGCCGCACCGCCUCCCGGGACUGCUCCUGCUGCUCUGGCCACUGCUGCUGCUGCUGCUGCUGCUGUCGCCUGCAGCCCCGGCUGCACCCGGUCCCCUGGCCGGCCCGGGCUCCCGCAGGCUGGGGACCCGUGGCCCCGGGGGCAGCCCCGGGCGCCGCCCUGCUCCGGCCGCCCCCACCGGUGCGCCCUAUUCGGGGGCCGGCCAGCCCGGAGGGACCCGCGGCGCAGGUGUCUGCAAGAGCAGGCCCUUGGACUUGGUGUUCAUCAUUGAUAGUUCUCGCAGUGUACGGCCUUUGGAGUUUACCAAAGUGAAAACCUUUGUCUCCCGGAUAAUCGACACCCUAGACAUUGGGGCGGUGGACACGCGGGUGGCCCUGGUGAACUAUGCCAGCACCGUGAAGAUCGAGUUUCACCUCCAGACCCACUUGGAUAAGCAGUCCCUGAAACAGGCCGUGGCACGAAUCACACCGUUGUCGACGGGCACCAUGUCGGGCCUGGCCAUCCAAACAGCGAUGGAGAAAGCCUUCACGGUGGAGGCAGGGGCUCGGGGGCCCAGCUCGAACAUCCCUAAGGUGGCCAUCAUCGUGACAGACGGGCGGCCGCAAGACCAGGUGAACGAGGUGGCGGCGCGGGCGCGGGCAGCGGGUAUUGAGCUCUACGCCGUGGGCGUGGACCGCGCAGACAUGGAGUCGCUCAAGAUGAUGGCCAGUGAGCCUCUGGACGAGCACGUGUUCUACGUGGAGACCUACGGGGUCAUUGAGAAACUUUCCUCUAGGUUCCAGGAAACCUUUUGUGCGGUGGACCCAUGCAUGCUUGGCACACACGGGUGCCAGCACGUGUGUGUCAGCGACGGGGACGGCAGGCACCACUGCGAGUGCAGCCAAGGGUAUUCCCUGAACGCGGAUAAGAAGACGUGCUCAGCUAUCAAUAAGUGUGCUCUUAACACUCAUGGCUGUGGACACAUCUGUGUGAAUGACAGAAGCGGCUCUUAUCACUGUGAGUGCUACGAAGGCUACACUUUGAAUGAAGACAGGAAAACGUGUUCAGCUCAAGAUCAAUGUGCUGUUGGUACACAUGGUUGUGAGCACGUUUGUGUGAGUGACAGAGCUGGGUCUUAUCACUGUGAAUGCUAUGAGGGCUACACUCUGAAUCAAGAUAAAAAGACCUGCUCAGUUCGUGACAAGUGUGCCCUGGGCUCUCACGGUUGCCAGCACAUUUGUGUGAGUGACGGGGCCGCGUCCUACCACUGCGAUUGUUACACUGGCUUUACCUUGAAUGAAGACAAGAGGACGUGCUCAGCCAUUGAAGAAGCACGGAGACUCAUCUCCACCGAAGAUGCCUGUGGAUGUGAAGCCACAGUUGCAUUCCAGGAGAAGGUCAGCUCGUACCUGCAGAGACUGAACACGAAAAUUGAUGACAUUUUGGAGAAGCUGCAAGCAAAUGAAUAUGGACAAAUACAUCGUUAAAUUGCUUAAAAUUUUCACCUGGAAAUAUGGAGAAUUUGGUAUAUUUAAUACUUUUGCACAUUGCAAUGUUUCUGCUAAUAUUCUGCCAUUACAAAUGCUUGGGUAUUACUGGAUAAGUAGUUUGAGAAUGUUCUGGAGAAUCAGUAUGAUUCUUCUAAAGAAAUAAAUAUCCAGAUCCUUGUUAAAAGCAAACUUUAGUGUCUCUAAGCUAUGACUGUGAAAAUAGAAUGAAAAGUUUAAUAUUUCUUUCUUUAUUUACUAAUUGAGCCAUUUAAUUUUUUCAUUUCCUAAGUUCUCAUUCUAUUCUCAAACACAAGUCUUCUGUUUCUACAAUAUAAUUGUUUAUAUUAUAUAUUCACUAUAGAUAUUUUUAAAUGUAUAGAAGUAUAAAGAAGUAAAUAAAAAAUCACCUGUACAAAA